GUUCUAUAGGAAGAAACACAUAGUUAAGGGAGCUCCUGAGACUCCAAUUCGUAGUCUCUAGCUCUAUGCUCCUUCAUAUCUUCGCAUCCGUUCCUUUGACAUACAUUAUUGGCCGACAGCGAUAACUAAACUACAGAGGGCAGCGGUUGAUACGCUGAUGAUUCGGUAACACGACAUUACCCUUGACCGCAUUCCUUUGAUUUUCUUUUCUGUUCUUACUAUUCUCCAUUUCCUUUUCAUGCUUCAACGCCGCAUCAUGCUUCCGCAACUGUUAUCGACUCUGCUAUUAUGGGUCCUCGGGCUGGGCGUGGUCCUUGCCAGCGAUGAAAAUAAUUUUGAGAAUGAUCCAAAUACAAGGAGGGUGCCAAUGAAAGCCUUUAGUAUACAACAGCCCUACUUAGAUUCCGAUCUGCAUCACCGGUGGUUUGACUUCGGGGGAGAUACAAUUAUUCGCACUGAUCAAUAUAUCCGUCUCACCUCUGAUCGUCCUUCUCAACGAGGUUGGCUUUGGUCCCGUGUUCCUUUGACUGCCACGAACUGGCAAAUUGAAUUGGAAUUCAAAAUCCACGGUGAAGGUAGCCUCCAUGGUGAUGGCUUCGCCCUAUGGCUCACGAAGCAGCGUGCGACUUCUGGCCCCGUUUUUGGUUCCGCCGAUCGAUUCGAGGGAUUGGGGAUCUUCUUUGACACCUACAAAAAUGGACGGACCGGCGUGUCCUUUCCAUUGGUCAUGGCCAUGAUGGGAGAUGGCAAAACGGCAUAUGAUGCCGCCUAUGAUGGCAGAGCUAAUGACAUCGGCUCCUGCUCGGCGCGAGGGCUUCGUGGCUCUUCGAUACCUACAAAGGCCCGGUUGACUUACUUCCAGGAUAAGUCGCUUGCCCUCGAUCUCCAAUACAAGUCAGAUUACAGUUGGACUCCUUGCUUUAAAAUUACUCCAAGCAAUGAUGUGUCUAUCAAGAUACCAUCGAUCUCUUAUCUCGGAUUCUCAGCCGAGACUGGCGAACUCAGCGAUAACCACGACAUUAUAGAAGUGAACACCUAUUCUAUAUAUGCGCAAUCCGGGGGUCAAAGCUCCCAGCCAGCUAAUAGCGGAAAGAAGGCUACAAACCAAGGCACAUCUGGAACUGCCGAGGUAAAAGAAGGAGGAAGCUGGCUCUGGACCCUAUUCAAGUUCUUCAUGUUCUUGAUUCUUAUCGCGGGUGGUUACGCUGGCUGGACGGCUUACAGAACGAGCCAACGCGGCUCGAGGUUUUGAUCCCGGGCAAUUAAUUCUACCCAGCGAUCAUCUCUACUACUUGUCUCAUAGUCUAUUUUGAGCGUUACUAUUAUACACCAUUCCUUGGCAGACACACACCCUUUGUAUUUCUACAUCUGUGUCUCAGUUUCUAUGAGCGAUGUUCCAGAAUGUCGGGGUUUUGGAUGA